UGCACCUGCGUAGCCGAGGUCACGUGCGCCGGCCUGGAGUCGCGUUCCGUCAGCGCUUGCAAAAAAAGACCCGUGGCUUGAUCUCAUGGUCUUCUAUUAGACGCACUAGAUAAAGUAGGUAGAUUUUAGAAUAGUUCCUCUCUCAUGAAGGACAGCAAAUUCGUCACGCUUGUGUGCUGUGUGCUUGGGCUCUACGCGCUGUUUCUCUCCUGGUCGCUUUUGCAAGAGCGCCUCAAUACGAAACCGUAUGCCUACGUGGAAGAACAGGCGGUCUUUUUCAAGGCGCCUCUUGCCAUCAACGCCACGCAGGCCUUGUUUGCCGCACUCGUGGGCCUUGUGUAUUCUAGGCUAGCACAUGCGCAGAACCCGUUUGCUGUUUUUGCCUCCGAGCCAGAUGCUGGCGGCAGGGCGGAAAUAGACUAUAGGUACGUGCGCUCAUUUGCAACCAUUGCCAUCACGCUGAGCGUGUCUUCGCCGUUGGGCUACUUGUCGCUCAAGCACGUGGACUAUCUUGCGUUUCUUUUGGCCAAGUCCUGCAAGUUGCUUCCUGUGAUGUUGGUGCAUUUGUUGCUCUAUAAGACCAAGUUCCCCCCACACAAGUACAUGGUGGCGGCGCUUGUGACGGGCGGCGUGGUGUUGUUCACCCUUGCCAAAAGCGGCGGCAAGAAGGCAGCGUCUUUCAACGACGGCAAUACGCUUUUGGGCAUGGCGCAGCUUCUUGCGCUGAUGUUCCUCGAUGGGUUCACCAACUCCACGCAGGACCAGUUGUUCCGGGCGCUGGGGCUGAAGAAGAAACUCACGGGCGCCACGGUGAUGUGUGUGCUCAACAGCUUUGUGUUUGUGUUGACCACGGCGUGCUUGCUCCUGUUCAAGCUUGACGCGGAGGCAAAGUACGUUGUUUCGUUCGUGCAACAAUACCCGCGUGCGUUGGCAGACAUGGUGGCGUUUGCGCUUUUGGGCGCGGUGGGCCAGGUGUUUGUGUUUCUAAUCUUGGAGAAGUUCGACUCGUUGAUUCUCGUGACGGCCACCGUCACGCGCAAGAUGAUCAGCAUGAUUCUCAGCGUGGUGUUGUUCGGCCACCACUUGGUGUCGUGGCAGUGGCUCGGCGUGCUGAUGGUGUUUGGCGGCAUUGGCUACGAGAGCUUUGCGAAGAUGCAGGGCCGGAAGACCCCGAAACCCAAGGCCGAGUAGAAGGGGCUGGACUUGGAACGGGAUGGAAUGGCGGCUGAAAUGGCGGACGGGUAACGAGAAGUUGGUUGUGCUUUGUUUCUGAGCGGUUGUUGUGGUUUGUUUCUGAGCGGUUGUUGUGCUUUGCUUCUGAGCGGUUGUUGUGCUUUGCUUCUGAGCGGUUGUUGCGUUUAUGUGUUUGAGCUGAUGCUGUGUUUAUGUGUCUGAGCUGGUGCUGUGCUGUGUGUCUGAGCUGAUGGUAUUUUGCUUGUUAUGCAUUGGAGAAAUCAUAUAGCAG